AGGAUAUAGGAUCUGAUAGAACGGAAUACACACCUAAAAUAGUAUGGAUAACAAUUACUCGUGUCAGCAAAAGAUCACUGUCAUCAUUGACACCCAGACAUGUGACCAAGUCAUUGCUGAGUCGAUAUUAGCCCAACAAGUUCUCGGCAUGGACUGUGAGUGGAAUGAUAAAUCAAAGAUUGCCUUAAUUCAAGUUGCAACUGUUGACGAUGUUUUCCUAUUUCGAAUCACCAAGUUUGCUGAUAAACAGAUCCCAACGACCUUACGUGACAUUCUAGAGAAUCCCGAUAUUAUCAAGGUCGGUGUUGGCAUUGAAAACGAUGCUAAGAAGUUAAGGGAUGAUUACAAGUGCAACUUGAAAAGUUGGGUGGAUUUAAGGAAUUUGGCUGUUAACACGAAUGCAUAUGCGAAAGUCAUACUGAAAAAACUAAAAGAAUUUGAAGAGACACUGGCAUCUGAGGAGAAUGAAAACAAAAAGAAAGCUGAACGAUAUGGUUGGAAUACUAAGUGGGGGUUGGCCGGCCUGACAAAGGAUUGCCUUGGAAUUCAGCUUCGAAAGGGCAAAGUCAAAUGGAAAUACGAUUGGGAAGCUGAUACAUUAAUGGAGAGACAAAUAAGCUACGCUGCGGCUGAUGGCGCUGCUUGCCUUGAUAUCUUCUACACAUUGAUGUCUGAAAAAGAACUGGGAACUUUCAGUGCUGACAAAUUUGUGCUUGAUCCUGAAAAUUGUAUUAAGUCACAGCUUACUGACUUAAGGCUGAUUGAAAGAAAGACACUAAAGGAUCGGUCUCUUAAGAAUAGUUGCUUCAAACUGAUAACUGAAGAGGAGUUUGAUCUGACUGAUUACAAGACACAGCCUCCCCGUGGACAAAAUAAGAAAAUGAAGACAUAAUUAUGCAUUUUUGAUUAAAAAUUGCCAGAAUUUUUUCUAUUUUUUAAGUUGCUCAUUAAAUAGUGUUAUUAAUGAUUUUAUCUUAU